UGGCUAAGAUGUUUCAUAGCCAAAAAAGCAAGUUGCAAUGCAUGGGCACGCACCAAACCAACAGAGUCACACGCCCACCACAACCACCAAAUGGCUAGCACACAACUUUCCGACCAAGUUUUCAGGCCAAUCCCUGCCGUGUGCGUCAGUUUGCGGCAACUGAGCACCACCAAACCGAAUAAACUACCAUGCCACCCACGUCCCAAAGCCUUGAAACACAAACACUUGGGGAUUCAAACAGCGCAGAACUACUCAAAGUGGGCUGUUAGACUUAGCUUAGUUGACCAAAUCCCGCCAAAAUCAACCGUCGACAUGGAACGGUUAGUCGAUUUUCUGUACCAGGAUUUAGUGCACUUGUUUGAUGAUCAAGGAAUUGAUCGGACGGCGUAUGAUGAACGUGUGAAGUUCAGGGAUCCAAUCACCAAGCAUGACUCUAUAACUGGCUACUUGUUGAACAUUGCCUUCUUGAAGACAGUCUUCACUCCCAAGUUCCAGUUGCAUUGGGUCAAACAGUCAGGACCAUAUGAAAUCACUACAAGGUGGACUAUGGUUAUGAAAUUCAUCCCUCUGCCUUGGAAACCAGAAUUGAUCUUCACUGGUACUUCUGUUAUGGGAAUCAACCCUGAAACCGGGAAGUUCUGCAGCCAUGUGGACUUCUGGGAUUCCAUAAGGAAGAAUGACUAUUUUUCUGUAGAAGGUUUGUUAGAUGUAUUCAAGCAGCUGAGGAUUUACAAAACUCCAGACUUGGAAACACCAAAAUAUGAGAUACUAAAAAGAACAGCAAAUUAUGAGGUAAGAAAGUACUCCCCUUUUAUAGUGGUAGAAGGAAGUGUAGACAAGCUGUCUGGAUCAGCUGGUUUCAAUGAUGUUACUGGGUACAUCUUCGGAAAGAACUCGAAAAUGGAGAAGAUGCCAAUGACAACUCCAGUGUUCACAGAGGCAUCUGAUGCUGAAUUUUCCAAAGUAUCCAUCAAAGUAUGUCUUCCACUAGACAAGGAUUUAAGCAGUUUACCAGAUCCUAAUGCAGAAACAAUUAGCUUGAAAAAAAUGGAAGAAGGCAUUGCUGCUGUUACCAAGUUCAGUGGGAAGCCUACCGAAGAUGUUGUUCGUGAAAAGGAGAAAUUGCUGCGUGCUAGUCUUAUUAGAGAUGGUCUCAAACCUAAGGCCGGUUGUAUGCUUGCUCGUUACAAUGACCCCGGCCGAACUUGGAGCUUUAUACUGAGAAAUGAAGUGCUGAUAUGGCUGGAGGAAUUCACAUUGGAGUAGCAUGUUCAACAUUGCCUAUUGUUCAACUAACUUUCCUCUUGCGUCAUUUUUCUCCAACACAAAGUUACUACCAUUAUCAGUCAUGGAUUGAGUUGAAGAACAGCUUAGCAUGUGGAGCCAGCUGACUCCGAGACAGUGAUAGAGAGUUGUACACUUUAUAUCCAUGUGAACAACUGGUCAUCAACCUCGUCGAUGGUCCCUCCUCUAAAUUGCCUGCCCUAUUAUACAACAAUACUAGUUCACUUGUAUACCCAGUCAAAUAUAAUAUAAGCUUCUGGCUUUGUUCUUGACGGCUUCUUAACUGUGAUGGGCGGCUCAAUUUUUUUGUAUUUCACUACUCUUCUUGAAUCUCACUUCUCAUAUUUAAUGAGGGUUUGACAUUUUCUUUUCCAAUCAUCAUACUGAUCAUACCAUUUCUAUCGUCA